AUGGAUCCGUACCAAAAGCCACUUCACACAGACAUAUACCUCGCCAUGCGGCCCCUGACCGGAACCAUGAUGCCCCGGACGGCUAAUGCCAUCAGCAUCCUGUCGACCUUUCUCCUUUCCGUGAUCGGUGGCUUCACCAUCGGUACCAUCUUCAUCUCGCCCGUCCUGCCGGAUUUGCUGAGAGAUUUGUCCCCGAUGGCUAUUGCCAUCAUCAAAGUCCUCUUGUCCACCGUCGUCCUCGGCGGCAUCGUGGGAACCAUGAUCGGCGGCAUCUUUCUUUGGCGGCGAGAAGUAGGCUACGACUACGAAGACUUGGAGGCCAAUCGUAGCUCCUCCAGUAUCCCCUCUCCUGCCCACCCUUACGACGAUUACGACUAUUUCUUCACCUGCGAUCCCGACCCCUACGCCUUCAGCCCCUACCAACAAUACAACAUCCACGAACACAACACCUCCCAUGACGACCGCUCAUCGAACCCCGAUGGUUCUGUCUCGCAUCAGAGCCCUGACAGAGCGCCCAGCGACAUCUCCUACGACUCAGACCCCUACACCUCCGAUCUCUACGACGACGGUUACGAGACGGAUUCUGACUCUUCCCUCCCAUCCCCCCUACACCCAAUGCCCGUGCCCCUCUACUCCAAACCACUAGACGUGGUCCCCGCUAUUCCUAGAGGCAGGAAUGCUCCCAUCACACUCCACUCCCGGGACUGGAGGCAAUAGGAUGGGUUGGGACAGAGGUGGGAGGAAGACAACGAGAAGGAAAUGGAUACUUGAAGGAGCAAGGAAAUACAAGGAUUGAGAACAGGACGAAAGGCCUCAAUGGGUGGUAGAAAAGCGGGUUCGAAGACAUGGUAAAUUCGUAUGGAGAUUUGGCGGUGAUGUUGUUGGAAAUAUUGAUGUUGUUGGUGGAAGAAAGGUUGUACAUGUCACGAGCACCGGGCUGGAAGGCUGGAAGUUGAUGUUAGAGGUACAGCAGCAACACACGCAACAUCAGGCUGUGGUUUCCAGGAGCUGAAGCUGGAAGCCUCUGGAUCCGGCCAUGCACGCUCUUGUCUGAUAAGUCGGCAGCCUGACGGGCGGGUAUAGCUGUUGAGCCGUCCCUUGGACUACACGGUUAUGUCUCCGAAAAUCUACGUGUUGCUAGGUUAAAAUAGUUGCUAAAACAUCCAUAACAUAGAGGUAGAGGUAGCCUGCC